UCAGGUGGUCCCGAGCCGAGCGCUGGUUCGCCCAUCGCUCUGCUUCAUGGAAUCAUAGACUUUUGAUUACUCCCUAGACAGGGUCCCGAUGCCCCGCCCCCCGCCGAGCAACAAUCCGAACAGGAGGACCUGAACCGAGCGCUAUUGCGCCAUCAAUCGUAAAUCCGAUAACGAGACUCAAGAAUCGAUGAUGGAACGUUCAUAAAAAGCCAGGAUUCUCUAACGUUGACGAACUCUAAACGCGACGCCACUGCUCUUGUUGUACUUGCAGGACCUCUCGAUCUGAAGCAAAUAUCUGAGGAACUGUCAUGGGAGGUUGACAUGCAGUUCGGUACUCCGGAUAGAGCCGGGCUCCUAUCGCAUCCACUCAAUCCAGGGACUAUGUCUAGAUCGGGAUUCUUGAAGUCGCUCGCAAUCGGGGAUCACAACCAAUUGGACAGACCCAAGCUCGCAUCCUCCCCAGAUCUCGCUUUCAGAAACCCCACCGUUUGUGGUUCCUUUUCUUCAACAUCAUUUACCAUUUUCUCUGUCGGACGUCGAGUGAAUUUUGUUCUUCAAAUAGGUCUCUGAAGAAACACUCGACUAGUUUCUUGGAGUUCGUGUAUGAAAGACCUCUAUCUAAAUGUGAUAAGGCUUUUGUGGGUUUUCCAAGUCACAACAACAAAACUUGAAAUAAGACCAGAGACCUUUCACUUGCAUAUACAAGGCCACCCGCAAGCAGCCAUCGUUACAGUAAAGAGGUGCUGUGCCUUGUGAAGGAAAGUUCCUCACUUUCAACUCUGAGCGACUUUCCGCACCCGACACUCAGCUCAUGUUCAACCUCUCAACCAGCAACUCACAUCAAGGGCCUUGAAGACAUGGCAAACCUGUCGCAGCCUGGCCAUGGACCAGUUCAGACGAGUGCAGUCGUUGUGCUUGGUGCCUCCUCAUGCCUUGCAAUACCUCCUCCCUCACCUCCUACACCAUCCUCAUCACCACCCGGGGACACCUUCUGUGAACCCAUCGAUCCAUUGAGUUUGGAACGAGAACUGAGAGGAGACUCUCAAAUCAAGGAUCAGCGUCUGCGAGAAGGGGUUCAUGUGCUCAAUACAGAGGCAUUGGCCUUGAGAAAUCUUUUGCGACUGUAUGAAACAGAUCCUGUAGCCCGCGACGGCUUCAACUUGUCGGUCCAGGCUAUUACCAAGCAGCAACGGGCGAACGGCAAACUCGUUGUUAUCGGUGUAGGCAAAUCAGGACAUAUUGGACAGAAACUCGUGGCCACGUUCAAAAGUCUCGCCAUUCAAGCCGUCUUUCUUCAUCCAACUGAAGCCUUACAUGGUGACCUUGGUAUCAUAGGGCCUAGCGAUACUCUGUUGUUCAUCACGUAUUCAGGCAAGACUCAAGAGCUGCUCAUCAUGCUGCCUCAUAUCGAUGAGUCACUCCCGACUAUACUUCUCACAUCGCACACUUCCCCGGAAACAUGUGAGUUCAUCAACCAUCGGCCUAACACCAUCUUGCUCCCGGCCCCGAUUCCAGAACCUGAGAAGACCUCAUUUGGCGUUUCUGCUCCCACCACAUCGACGACAGUGGCGUUGGCUCUUGGUGAUGCAAUUGCAGUUACAGCAGCUAAGGAGAUCAAUGCCAGCAUUGCGGCUGUCUUUGCGAAGAAUCACCCUGGUGGUGCUAUCGGUGCCGCAGCUCGACAACCUCGUACCAUCAAAGAUAUAGCAGUCAGUUGGCGUGAUAUACCGAUAGCACCAGAGUCAGAGGGGGUGAGUCUGGGGUUUGACUUGCUGCGUGCUGGCCUCGAUUCGGUCACUGGUUGGGUCAGAGUGCAAGAUCGAGUUGCCUCACCGGGUACAAUACGAAAGAUCAGUAAAGACGACUUGAACAAGAGUUUGGAGGAGAUCCCGGAUGCCUCAAUACCGAAUUCUCUGAUGCUUUCGCUAUCCUCAGAGACUACUAUCCGUCAGGCAUGUGAUAUCUUGAAGAACAUGCAACUGUCACCGAACGACGAAGAUCUGCCAUGCGAGCGGGAAUCUGCCAUAGCAGUGAUGGAAAUGGGAGAGAUAGUGGGCGUUCUGGAAGUUGGUUGUCUCUUGGAUUUUGAAAGAUGAUGCAUCGGAAGACAUGCAUGGACGAUAUUUAUGGCUCCUUACAUUCGGGGCUACACUUAUGACUGGAAAGGCUAGAUAUCGACGCAUUAUGGCAGCGCAUUGGCGAUUGUUACUAGGAGUUAUCAUAGAUGACUGCACAGCGCAUCUUACGGGGAAAUUGGCGUUUUAUAGACAAGUCUACACAUGCACCCAGACUAAGGGUUUACGAAAUGCAAAUCCACGUUUUGCUAUGAAACAUAAUACUGAGAUUUCGGGCCAUUUCUCUACUCUCUUGAAUGGUGUGAGUGUCAUCGGCUUUAGUAGUAGAGCUUAAAAGUGUACUCUAAGUCCCGACGAGCGUUCAGAUUCAUGUCGAAGGGCCUCCCGGGUCACUGCCAAC